AUGACCAAGCUCAUUACCUUGGACCUUUAUGAUAAUCAAUUCUCCGGGCAUGUUCCAAGAGAAAUUGGCACCUUGAUGAAGCUCAAAAGCCUACAACUUCAUGAUAACAAUCUCUCUGGUCCCUUGCCACCUGAAUUGUGCACUGGAGGCAUGCUGAAGAACUUAAGCGCAUUCGAAAACAAUCUCAAUGGACCUUUGCCAUCAAGUUUGGUGAGCUGCAGAAGCCUUGUUAGAGUUCGUCUUGAAAGGAAUCAAAUAGACGGAUAUAUUUCUGAGAUGGGAGCUUAUCCAAAUCUAGUCUACAUAGAUAUGAGCUCAAAUAAACUAUUUGGUCAAUUUUCUUAUCACUGGGGGGAUUCCCACAAUCUUACGAUGCUACGCAUCUCAAACAACAACCUUACAGGGGAAAUACCCACAAGCAUGGGGCAACUAUCUCAACUAGAGUUACUUGAUCUUUCAUCAAACAAGCUUGAAGGAGAGCUUCCAAGUGCACUAGGAAAUCUAAAAAAUGUGUUCAACCUGAACCUUGCACACAAUUUGCUCCAUGGAAGCAUUCCACGAGAAAUGGGAGCAUUGUCCAAACUAGAGUUGUUGGAUUUGUCGUCCAAUAACCUAAAUGGUUCGUUAGAAGAUUCGCUCGAGCAUUGUUUGAAGCUUCGUUUUUUGAAGUUGAAUCAAAAUAACUUCAAAGGAAACAUCCCCGGCGAGCUAGGGUCAUUGCACAACUUACAAGACCUAUUGGAUUUAAGUGAUAAUUCAUUUAGUGGGGCAAUACCAAGCAUACUUAGUGGUCUGGUCAUGCUAGAUACUCUGAAUAUUUCACACAAUGAACUUACUGGUUCUAUCCCAGCAACAUUUAAUAGUAUGGAAAGCUUGACAUCCAUUGAUGUAUCUUACAAUGAAUUGGAAGGGCCGGUCCCAGACAGUAAGCUCUUUCAAGGAGCUCCAAUCCAGUGGUUCGUGCAUAAUAAUUUUCUAUGUGGUGUGGUGAAAGGAUUGCCCCCUUGUAGUAGUGUGAAUCAGUCCAGAGGAAAAUGGGAAGGAUACAAAAUACGUGUACUAGCCACGGUUCCUACUCUAAUAUCUCUUGUUCUUAUUGUGGUGAUAUUGAUGUUCUGUCAUGAAAGAAAGAAAACCAAGCUAAGUAACACCGAUGAAGUAACACAAGCAAAAGUCUUCUCUAUUUGGAGUUUUGAUGGGGCAAACGUGUUCAAGCAAGUCAUCGAAGCAACCAACAAUUUUAGCGAGAUGCAUUGCAUAGGAACUGGGGGACAUGGAUCUGUCUAUAAAGCUAGACUUGCAACAUGCGAAAUAUUUGCAGUGAAGAAGAUAAACAUGAUAGAAGAUGAGUGUUGCGUCAAUGAACAUGUCUACAAUCGUGAAAUCAAGGCACUGGUGCAGAUUCGUCAUCGAAACAUUGUAAAACUUUUUGGGUAUUGUUCCUCUGGCCAAGGGAGGUUCCUUAUCUAUGAAUAUAUGGAGAGAGGAGACUUGGCAAAAUCACUGAAGGACAAUGAAAGGGCAAUUGAAUUGGAUUGGAGAAGGCGGAUGCAUAUUAUGCUGGAUGUGGUUCAUGCUUUGGUAUAUAUGCAUCAUGAUUGUUCGUCACCGAUAGUCCAUAGGGAUAUAACAAGCAACAACAUUUUGCUUGAUCUAGAAUUUAGAGCUUGCAUCUCUGACUUUGGUACAGCCAAAAUUCUUGAUAUUUAUGGCCAGAAUCUCACAAGGCUUGCUGGGACAAAAGGCUAUCUUGCCCCAGAGCUAGCAUAUACAGAAAACGUGACGGAGAAAUGUGACGUAUACAGCUUUGGAGUGCUUGCUUUGGAGCUAUUUAUGGGAUCUCAUCCAGGAGAUUUGCUCUCAUCCCUCUCGUUGACCGCCAAUACCAGUGAUGUGUGCCUGCAAGAUCUGCUGGACCCCAGGCUUGUUCUUCCAGAUGCUGAGACUGCUAGGGAAAUAUACCGCAUGCUCAGUGUAGCAGUUCGGUGCCUGGAGCCGAGUCCAUCCCGCAGGCCAACGGCACGACGUGCCAGUGAUGAGCUAUCUACGAUUAAAGCUGGUGAAGAUCAGGUUGAUUAUUUGCAGGCUGGCAUCACCUUUCCUGCGCUGUAG